AUGGCAGCGACGACUACAGAUCAAGAUUCCCUGAAGGACGCCAAAAUGUCAGCGUCCGAGGUCAAAGUGGACGUGCUCCAGGCCACGACACAGUCCUGGAGCGACGCCGACGAGAAGAAACUGGUCCGCAAAAUGGACCUGAGGAUCUUCCCCAUCAUGAUCAUCCUGUUUAUUCUCAACUUCAUCGACCGCAACAAUUUCGCCAACGCUCGCCUCAAGGGUCUGGAGGAGGACUUGAACCUGACCGAUGUUCAAUAUCAGACCUGUAUCUCCAUCCUGCUGGUGGGAUACGUCGCCAUGCAAAUUCCAUCAAAUAUGUUUUUGACUGUCAUCCCACGGCCGAGCUGGUACCUCUGCGCUUGUGUUGCCACCUGGGGCUUGAUCUCUGCCGCGACUGGCGCGAUUCAGAAUGCUACAGGGGCGAUUUUGUGCCGCUUCUUCCUUGGUUGUGUCGAGGCUAGUUUCUUUCCUGGUUCACUCUACUUCCUGAGUCGCUGGUACACCCGUUCGGAGAUGCAGCUGCGCGUCACCAUCCUCAAUGCCGGAAACCUGUCGGCACAAGCUUUCGGUGGUUUGAUUGCUGCCGGAAUCCUCAGUGGCAUGGAGGGAGAUCUGGGGCUGAGAUCCUGGCGUUGGCUCUUCAUAGUGGAGGGAGCGGUAACCAUUGCAUUUGCGGCGAUUGCCGUCUUCAUCCUUCCCGACUAUCCAGCAACCACCUCCUGGCUAUCUGUUGAGGAGAAGCAGAUUGCACAGGGACGAUUGGCCCUCGACGCUGGCCUUGCUGCCGAUGACUUUACCGGCGAGGACAUCUCGGCAUUCACAGGACUGAAGAUGGCGGUGAAGGACCCAAAGACCUGGCUUCUUGGUCUCACUUACCAUGCGACCAUCAUGGGGUUGAGCUUCGUUUUCUUCUUCCCCACCAUCACCCAGGCUUUGGGCUACAACACCACGAGCACCUUACUGCUCACGGCACCGCCCUGGAUCUGGGCAAUGCUCGUGUCACUCCCCAACGCCUGGCACGCCGACCGCACGGGCGAGCGCUUCCUGCACUACCUAGGUCCUGCCCUCACCUGCAUCACUGGCUACAUCAUCUCCGCCACGACCACGACCACCGCCCCCCGUUACGUCGCCAUGUUCAUGAUGACAACGGGCUUCGCGUCCGGCUUCGUCAUCCUCGCGUGGAUCUCCAACACCAUCCCGCAGCCAGCGGCCAAGAAGGCCGCCGCCAUCGCCAUCGUGAACUCCAUGGGCAAUAUCGGCAGUAUUCCUGGCUCGUAUAUCUGGCCCAGGAGCUAUGGCCCGCUAUACGUCAAAAGCUUUGGGGCGGAGAUUGCCAUUUUGGGCUUCGCGUGUUGUAUGGCGCUCGUGCUGAGGUUUUACCUGAAGAGAGAGAACCAGAAGCUGGAUCGUGAGGAAGGGAGAGUGGGUAUUGGUGCCGAUGGCAAGGCUGUCGAAGUUGAGGCCGCUGCUGGGACGGGCCAGAAGGGGUUCAGGUACCUUUAUUGA